UCUCUAAGGUCACCAAACCCACCCAGCAAAUGAGGGUGAUGCAGGUUCUGUUUUAGGGUGGAUUUCCCCCCUAAACGCACUAGCGUGCAGCCAAAACAAACUCUCGCUGAUGGUUUGCCUCUUGCCUCCGGUCUCUCUGGCCUGCUUCUAGACAGCAGCCCAGGGACCUUCGCCGCUCAGAGGGUGGAGCAGAGGAGUCCUCCGGCCCUCCCACAGGCUAUAAGACCAGAGGCAGACGGAAACAUUCAGACAGCAGGCACACGUGGAGCAAAGAGGCAGAGAAAGAGGGACAUAAAGAGAAGCUGAGAGAGAGACCGCUAGAGAGGAAGAGUGAGUUAAACUGCUGUCACAGACUGGGAGUAGUUUUUGCUAUUGGGAUUGAAACAGACAAAUAUAGAAACAAAGGACCAAGAAAGAGAUUUAGAGUAGAAAAAGGGAGGAGGAUAAAUCAACAGCAAUUUGACUUCAACAUGUCAUUUUAAAUUUGGCUUUCAUCCAAAGGAUUAACUGCAAGAAGAACUGACCUUUGGGAUGUGAAGUGUUUUUGUAAAAACCAAGAGAGAACAACUUUAGGGGCCUGGAACCUGCAUCCACCUGUGACACAGCAGCUCUGACGUCAAGUUGCUCUUGACCACUAAGGAUCAACUUAGCAUCAUAAGGGCUACAUCUGACUGACCUGCUUUAACAAACUUCAAGAGAAGUUGGGCAUGAAGUAACAGUUCAAGGGGCGGACGCCUUUAAUCAGCAGCAUCACCAGAAAAUUUGCAACUUGCUAUAACAAGCUUGCAAAGGUUACAAGUUGAACCACAGCAAGUGGAAAUCUCACGAGGAUUGACCAGUAGCUGUCAGAGCGUUGUUGCUCAGAAGAUGACAUUCGCCAUGCUGCGCACGGGGCCUCCCGCAGGCCGCUUCUUGUACGGCGACAUCGCCCUGCUCUCCGAAGACGAUGAUGAGAACGGAAGCGAGGGCUCGGGCUCCGACGAGCGCACCACCAACUCCACCAGCUCUGCUGCCUUCCGCCUGUCCUCCUCAUCGCCAUCUGCCUUUCACAUCAAGGUGAACAGGAAGAGGAAGCUGUGCGGGGGAGGAGGGUGCGGAGGGGUAGAUAUAGGGGCCAUGACGGGAAGGCUUGGCCCCCCGGAGUCUUCUCCUUCUGGGGAGGGUCGUCAGAGGACCGCAGCCAACGCACGGGAGCGAGAUCGCACCAAUUCUGUCAACACAGCAUUCACAGCCCUGCGCACGCUCAUCCCCACUGAGCCAGCAGACAGGAAGCUGUCGAAGAUCGAGACGCUACGUUUGGCCAGCAGCUACAUCAGUCACCUGGGGAACGUCUUGCUCCUGGGAGAGGGGCUUCAUGACGGACAGCCGUGCCACACUCCCUCGCCACCGUUCUUCCACGUUAACUCCUCCCCCACUCGAGGAUCUGACCAAUCAGCUCAGCCAAAGCACAUCUGUACUUUCUGCCUCAGCAACCAGAGGAAAUUGAACAAAGACAGAGACAGGAAGACGGCCAUCAGAAGUUAACAGAGAGGAUACAAGCCACACGGAUAAAAUGCGUGUCACUUUGACAGCGCCUUCAGUGAAUUACUGCAACUUGAAGACUUGUGAUGCAUUUCAGAGACUUUUGAAGGACUUCUUUAGCGCUUCCAGGACUUUUCAAGGAACUUUGCUAAGCAUUUCCUCUACUUUUUUUUUUAAAACUUUUUAUAUCACUUUACAAGAACCUUUUUACUUUUUAGGAUGUUUUCAAAUAUGUUUGAAACACUUCUGAAAAGUUUAGCAGUACUUUCAAAGGGCUUUCACAUGCUUAUCAAGACCAUGAAGAACCUUUCUACAACACAAAAAGAGACUUUUUACAGCAUUGUUCAAAGACUCUGUGACUUUCCGAUCAGAGUCUGAGGAACUUAUGGCACAUGAUCGGAAAACAACACACAGAACCUAUGACAGACAAAUUUGUAUUCAUCAAAGCUGUGUGUUAUUAAUGUGUAAACUGAAAUAUAAAUGUAUAUUUAUGUGAUAUAACAUUAUAUAAUGAAACUAUGUUAUUUAACCGGCAUUGACAAUCAUGGCAAAUAAUGAAAGGUAUAAAGGUGCAAAACAUUGGCUAUUGACACAAUUUAUGCUGGAACUUUUGUGGUACUGGUUAUUUCUAAUAAUCAUUUCUGUGUCUUAAUGCUGGAAAAUAACUCAAGGUGACCAAUAAAUGUUUUGUAUAUCUAGGAGUAAAUGCAAUUUAGAUGUUGAUAUUUUGAGUCUAUACUCUCAAAUCCUCCCAAGGUCCAACCAAUAAACAUUAUCAAAGUUU